AUGUCGAAUGCCGGCCCAUCAAACCAAGGAAACACCCACCCCGUGAAUGGUGAUUCCGACUCUGAAGAUGACUUCGUACUUGGUGCUGCCGCAGUGUGGGUAUGUUACGACGACUUCUUGGAAAGACCUCUUCCAAGACCAAGAAAUAAUAGUCAUUAUACAGGUCAUCAACGUCUUGGUGAUCUGUUAGAUGGGCACGAACUAGUGAUCUACAAUAAGAUAAGAAUGAGAACUGAUUGCUUCAAGCGGUUGAGUUGGUUACUUGAACAAAAGAAUCUGUUAAAGAGUACUAGAAAUAUGAACGUGGAUGAACAACUGAUGAUUUUCCUCACAAUUGUGUGCCAAAGCGAAAGUAAUAGGGAGACGCAACAUCAGUGGCAGCAUUCAGGAGCGACAAUCUCAAAGUAUUUUAUGAUUGUACUGAAUGCCAUAUAUCGACUACGACAUGAUUUUAUUGUGCCCCCAGACUUUAACACUAUCGACCCGUUCAUUGAAACUAGUGGGAGCAAGUACAGGCCUUGGUUUGAUAACUGUGUUGGUGCACUUGAUGGGACACACGUUCCUUGCGUUCCGCCGCCCGACAAUCCAGAGGUAUGGAGAAAUAGGAAGGGAUUUAUGUCUCAAAAUGUUCUGGGUGUAUGUUCGUUUGACAUGAAGUUUACAUACAUGCUUGCUGGAUGGGAGGGAUCUGCACAUGACGCCCGCGUGCUUGAAUCAGCCCUUGAUGGCCGACACAAAAAGUUUCCAACUCCUCCUGAAGAUUCGGGCUACGCAAACAGAGGUUGUUUCCUAGCACCAUACCGUGGUAGUACGUCGGAAUUGUAUCGAGCGCACAUUUGGGGUGUGGAAAGCAAGCAUGAUGAUAGAUUUAUGACACAAUACUUUCAAGAUGGGAUUCCGGUAAGUGAAAUCGACCCUGAAAAUGCGGAACAAGAUGUAAAUCAAAAUCACAACCCAGAUCGGGCAACAAACACAGCAACCAAUACAGCAUCUCCUACGCAGAUGCGCCUCAUAAGAGUUGAAAUGGCAAGUUCGAUGUGGCAAUCCCAACGCACAAACAACAAUCAAUAG